AUAUAAUUUAUUCACUAUGUCUGGAAUUUAGAAGAGGACACUUGAAAUUGCCGAAACUAUCCCAUGUAAAUUAGACCAAAAACCACUUAGAAAAAAUUUAAUGGAAGUGAACGUAAAAGACAGCUUUACAAUAGAGCUAUUAAAGACAAAUCAUACGAUUUUAAAUGUAAUCAGGUGGGCAAUCAACGAGUUUGAAUCAGUUUACGAUGUGGAGCUCAUAGGAUACACCAUUCCGCAUCCAAUGGAAGAAAGAGCCAUAAUGAAAAUACAGUUAAAGCGUGAGGAAGAGCAGACAGAAGAUGCAAUUCUUAGCAUACUAAGAAGAGGAAUUACUGCAGUAGAGGAAGUAUUUAACAACUUAGAAGAAAAACUGUCCACAGCAGCAUAAUAUUUUGGAUUUCAGGUUAUAAUAAUAA